ACGGAUUGCAGUGUCAAAGUGCGUAGGCUCGUUCUCCUCCUUCACCGUCUUUAUAUUUUGGCUGCUUAUAUACAGCGGCUUCAUAAUAAUUACUUCGCAUCACUACACGACGUCAGUAUUCAUUUGACCAGCUGUUCACAUGGCUUCCCCCGAACAAGAAGUGACGAAGAGUCUGCGUUCCGCAACCGACGGUUUCGACUUUCUCUUCUCCAAUGACCUCGAAGCAGCCCAAGAGACGUUCACAGAAGAAAAGUCCCCUUUCCACUUAUUGGGCGCUGGCGUGUGUGUUUUCCUAGAGGCUGCACUCGGCAUGGAGGCCGGAGUUGUCACUCAGGCUGCCGAAUUACUCGCUCUCUCCGAGGCAGGUGCGAAGAAAGAGCUCAAAGCUGCGAAGACUGCUUCUUCGGCUUCCAGGUUCCCUGCAGGCACAGAAUGGGAAUUGCUUCAUUCUGACGCUGUCAUUCUGCAUGGUAUUACACACGCACUUAGUGAAUCAUACAUGGGCUAUUUGCAGUGUCUUUAUGCGCUGAACAACGCGCAUUCCAAGUUUGCAAGACUGUACAAAGCUGUCUAUCCUAAUGGCCUUGAUAACUACGCUACGCCGUCUACGUCCAAAGCACCCUCUCCUGCCCCUAGUAUCCACUCAGAAGCUUCAUCCACCACUACAAUGAAAGCCCGAUCAGGCUUCUUUUCGCGAUUUACAGGCUCAAGUCUCAGCGUUCCUUCGACCAAUAUAGUUAUUUCGACACCGGAGGGGCCUAUUGAAGAACUCAUCAUGUCUGGUACCGCAUUUGGUUACGGCAUGUUCAACUUGAUAUUCUCCCUCUUACCGCCGUCUGUACGUAACGUUGUGGGCUUCCUUGGGUUCAAACACGACCGAAGACUUGCCCUGCGUGCCUUGGCAGUGUCCGCCGCUCAGAACGAUGUCCAUUCUGUAUUCGCAGGACUGACGCUCAUGACGUACUAUGGCGUCGUCUUGUUGCUGGCAGGGUAUCAAGCUGACGAGGAGCAUAUCCUCAAGCAAUAUCGAGCAAUUGUUGAGAAAAUCGACAAUCGAUAUCCAACAGGAUCGUUAUGGAUAUUGAAUAGGGCAAAGAUUCUGCGCAUGUCUUACGAUACCGCCGCUGCCAUCGACGUCUUGCAAGCUGGUCUUACCCCAGAUCGACCCCAUACCUUCGCGCAGGCGGAUGGUCUACUUAUCUUCGAGUUAGCUUGGACGCUCUUGUCCCAACGGCGAUACAAAGAAGCUGCUGAUGCGUUCCUAAAAGUUACUGAGAUUAAUAGCUGGAGUCAUGGUACUUACUACUUUAUAGCUGCAGGUUGUCAUAUCUCCUUGGAGGACUACGCUCAAGCUCAGACGUUGCUUGAUGCCGUGCCCGAGUUGGUGGAAAAGAAGAAGAUUGGUGGAAAGGACUUGCCGACCGAGGUCUUCAUUAAGAAGAAACUGCAAUUCUACAAGGAAAAGCAGAAACGGAGGACUGGCUCUGAGAAGGACUUUGCUCACAGUAUCAGGAUUAGCCCUGCUGAAGAGCUCGCCAUUUUCUGGAAUACUCAUGCUCGCAUCAGCAAAGAGGUCGCUCAAGAGCACAUCAACCAACUGUCCUCCUACUCGCCUUCAGUCACCAUAAAGAGCCCCCUCAUCUCAGCCACUGAUGUUUCUUCGGAUUCCUCGACUGUCCCUGACUUAGAUACUGAAGACGAACUUGCUGUACGUUCCCUCCUUCUUGGAAUUGUCCAUCGCACAGCCGGCGAGUUCGACGCCGCCCGUGCUUUCCUAACCGAUGCAACCCAACGUCAAUCCGAAGUCAAGAGCAGCACCUGGGUAGGCGGCGUUGCAUGGUUCGAACUCGCCGUUCUGGACUUGAAACAGAUCAAUGCUCGUAUUGGUUCCGACAAUAUACUGGAUGAGGCGAAGAGGGUCACUUGGUUGAAGGCCUUCAAGAAUGCUGAUGAGAAAUUGGAUCACGCGUUGUCGAUUUCGGGACAAAGUAUAGAUUUGUCUUCAAGAUUAGGGAUGAGGAUUGCCAUGCUUCGGGACGAGAUUGCAUUGAAGAAGGAAUUGAUUGGGACGCCUUGAGUUUUCCCCCUUCAUCUAAUUACUUUUAUACACGGACUACACAUGGAUUUAGUACAUUCAACAACAUAUUAGAUGGGCAUCCUUUAGACACAUAGUAAAUUACUGAACCACAGAAGUAGCCAUUUUUGUCCACGAUGCUUUU